AUGCUGCGGCGUGUACAUUCGCUAUUCGGACGGCACUGCGCACGUGUCAACCCCGAUCGCGUCUUCAACGGUGAAGUGUUCGACACUCCGGAAUCGCUCGAAGCGUUCGAAGCUGUCCAGUGGAACCGUGACCCUACCACUACCCCCGCGCCAUGUGCAGCCCCUCGGUGGGCCGAUGGCGACGACCGCCCAUCCCAUUCAGAUUCAAUCAUGGUAGCCGUUGGAGUUGACCAGCUGUGUUCUUUCGACGGUCGGCCUACCCAAUAUGUCGCUUGCGUUAUCUUCUUCGCUCCCAUGUCCCCUUCCAACCAGACGCUCGUGUGUAUCCACGAUGCGACUGAAAUGUUGCUCAGACAUCGUCUAGAGCUAGAAACAGCCGUUCGCGCGCUGAAGAUGGUCCAGCACAUGAUCCUCAAGGUCAAUCCAAGCAUCAAACAGGUCGUCAUCAAGACUUCUCCAUCCCUCGUACGCACCGCGACCUCUCAGUUACCCAUGUGGGAAGAACCCGAUGGCUUAUUGGAGGCCAAUGUGGGCCGGAUAAUGAAUGGGGACGCCUUGCUGGACCUCUCGCGUCACAUCCGCGGGCUCGAAAACAUGGGAAUCCUGGUCCAGUUCUUCCCGGCGCUCCAAUCGCGGAACCAACAAGCCUACGCCGUAGCCGGACACGUGCUCCUUUCGAAGCCUUGGGACGCGGACGCGGUGGUGGUGGCGGAGCCGGAGCCAUCAUCGGCCAUGCACGUAGCGUCGUCGUCGUCGUCCAUCACGAAUAUGCCUCAACCCUCUACAGCACGGUGGCAACAUGGCGAAAGAAGCGGCACCACCGAGCUCGACGUCCUCGUCAUAUCGCUCCGCACCCUCCCCGACUGCGAGUACAUAACCGUGCGCAGGCUCUUCCGCGCAUCGCGCCGCUACCACGUGGCCAACAACAGCUCGGCCGCCUUGCACGCCCUGGAGCUCCACCGCCCUACGACCAUCCUGGUCACCGGCGUCGGCAUAUGGGAACCCGGCGCCCGAGCACUCCUCAAGCUGCUCGCGAGAUGCGCCGAAGACGGCGGCGCCACCGUCGUCUUCAGCUACUUCCUCGGCGACGACGUCAUCACCCCUACCGGAUACGCCUUCCAACAGUCCUUUUCCUCCCUCUUCGGCCUGCGCUGGCGCCUGCUCCCGUACCGCCGUCACCUGGCGUUCAGCUACAACCCUGCUGCGGCCAUCGCACCGAUCACGGCAGGUUGUCUGCCCCACAUGUACCAGCCCACCACGGGCGGGCUCUUCGAGGGCGUGUUGCGCCGCAGCGCGCUCUUCCUGCCCAGCACGCACGUGCGUCUGUCGGAAACGCUGAAUGGAGGGGAGUGGGUCGGUUGUGGUGUGGAUGUCGGACCCGCGCAGGAUGCGACGGUUUCGUUGCCGGUGCCCGCUGCGAUGGCGCCGGUUGGGCGCGGGUGGGUUGGGGUUGUUGGAAGUGUCUGCGCUGAUGAGGAGACGGACCAGAUCGUCUAUUCGAUGUGCGGCCUGGGAUAG